CGAUCACCAUCAUCGGUCCGGACGGAAAAAAGCAAAACAAAAAUCCUCGAAACGUCACGGCGCAAGGAAGUGGCUGCAAAAAAAAAGUGUUUCGAUCCGCAUCAGCAGAAGGAAAACGCAGUGCCAGGAUUCCGGAAGUUAGUGGAAAAGUUUUGUUAUUUUCCGGAUCGUGCGGUUGUCGGUGCGGGAAGUGACGGUGGAAGUAUAUUUUGGAUCUGUGCGGUGAAAAUAGUCGUUGAAGAAAGUAACAAAGAUUGGUCUGGAAGUGACCGAAGGGUGGUAGCUGGACGGCUGCUAAUGGUAGGCAGGCAGGGCAAGGACGACUUUUGUUUACAAGAUUUUGCACCGCGCCUCUGGCGAUGGUAAGUGGACACGUCGUAUCGGUUCGCUAGGAAAGUGACAAACGGAAGGUGCCGAAGAAAAGGUGGGGUUGGUUGCCCCAAUCGAUCUGCUGACGGAGUGGAAAAUGUAUUCAGCGGGAGUUAAGUGCCGCGGCGGAAUCGGGAUUUGCUAGGAGGUGAUUUUGGUGAUUUGGGUUAGCAGUCCGGUUCUCGAUGACCACCAGCACGCUGAGGAACGGGUUUAGCGCACCAGCUCAUCAUCACAAAACAAGAUUCUUUCUUGUAAUGAUGCGCCUCAACCUGAAGUUUCUGCUGAUAUGCCUGUGCUUCGCCGUAUUCCUGAUCACGUUCACUCUGUGGACCAACUGCGGCGGCGAUCUGCCAUUUGCCCGCGGUUUCGUCCCAAAGUGGAACCACCGAUACGAUAGUGACAAUCAACUGGAACUGACGGAGGAAAUCGACUGCGUCAUCAACCAGGAGUAUACGAUCGGGUGUCGGCGCGAAGGGGACGAAAUAUAUCUGCCGUUUUCGUUCCUGAACAAGUAUUUUGAGGUGUACGGAUCGCUCAACACGGUAGAUGGCGCCAAGCGUUUCGACUGGUCCCACAGCUACGGCAAGGUGAACAAUCCGAAAGGGGUUUACGAUCCAAAGGGUAUUUUCAUGUAUUUCGAGAAUUACAACGUGGAGAUGCGGGAUCGGGUCAAGUGUAUCAGUGCGAUCGAGGGGGUUCCCAUAUCGACCCAGUGGGAAAGUCAGGGCUAUUACUACGCAACGCAGAUCGCCCAGUUUGGGCUGUCGCAUUACAGUAAGAAUUUGACAGAACCGGAACCGAGGCGAAAGGUGGUUGAGGAUGGAGAAAGGGAACUGGCCGAGUGGAGAGUUCCGAAGAACAGUUCUUUGAGUCGAUCUUACCUGAAGGACAAGGAUACGACGGUGGUGCACUUCUCGACUGGAAAGCACUUCGAUAGCGCCAUAGCACUUCCGAUGGAUCACGUGCUGGAUCUGGUGCUUAGUGUGAACCUACUGCUGCGGCCAAAUUCUAGUUUUAUGGUUACGCUGCAGAAUCGAGAGACGCAGAAACUGUACAAUGUGAUCUACAUACUGGCGGACUUGAUGAUGAGCGUCCAGGACGAUAACAUCUACUACGGCAUCGGUGUGAAUAGUACUUCAAGCUGGAAAAGACUGACGCGGGAUUUGUUUGUGGAUUUGCAGAAAGGUCUCCCGCAGUAUAUCAACACGGAGAAACGGCGGAAGAUGCGCCGAACUGAGUUGAAGGUGGUGGAGAUUUCAUUUCUAGGAAAUGGGAGUUUCGACAAUCUGACGUUGUCGACCAGUGAACAUAUCAGUCAUUUUUACGACGCAGCAGAGUGGAUGAUUCGACACCAGGAUCAAAGUACGGGAGGAUGGCCCAUUCCGGUACGGCGGAAGUUGGGAGUGGGUUUCGGCGAGCUAUCGCGAGGAUGGUACUCGGCGAUGUCCCAAGGGCAUGCAAUAUCGCUACUAGCGAGGGCGUAUCACCACUCUAAAGGUGACAAGCGGUACCUGAAGGCCGCCCUGGAUGGACUGAAACUGUUUCGGAUACCAUCCUACCAGGGUGGCGUUCUGGCCACCUUCCUGGGGAAAUACGCCUGGUACGAGGAGUACCCCACGAAACCGCCCUCAUUUGUGUUGAACGGGUUCAUCUACUCGCUGCUGGGGUUGUACGAUCUGAACUCGACUGCUCCGGCAAAUCAUUCCAACGAGGCGGCGUCGCUGUUCGAACAGGGUAUGCUUUCGCUGAAGAAAAUGCUGCUGCUGUUCGAUACCGGGUCCGGAACGAGUUAUGACCUGAGGCACUUUACUUUGGGAAUCGCUCCAAAUCUGGCCCGGUGGGACUACCACGCGACACACGUCAACCAGCUACUGCUGCUGGCCACGAUCGAUCCGGAUCCGAUCAUCUCCCAAACUGCCGAACGGUGGAAAAAUUACAUGCUCGGCAAGCGAGCGCAGCACAAUUAGUGGUUAACCUAUAGACAGCCGCAUGUAAGCAAACAAUAAGAAACAAUGGCUCUUCCUCUUCCUCCUAAUGCCUUACACAAAAUCAAGAAAGAAAGAAAAAAUGAAGAAUUGCACUCUUUGAUACAAAAAAAAAAACAGAAAAGACAUGAAACACUCACAAACACUGGAAAUCUUUCCGAGCGAAAAAAAAAAACGUUCUUCAUUGUUGUGUCCCUUUAUAGAGAAAGAGAAAAAAAACAUGUAUUCAAACCGUGAAUUGUUGCACGUAGUAGUGAGAUUGUCGGAUUUUGUCACGUAAAAUGGACCACGGAAGUACAGACCACGUUGGCAGCACUUGAAACAGUGCGGUCAGGAGGCGUGUUGAAAUACGAUACCUACCAACAAAAGCACACGUCUAUUACAUAGAUACUGGAAUAAGACUACCUAAAAAAGUAUAGGAACUAGCUUAGAAAGAGGGCACAUUAAUACACAUACACACACACAAACAUAUAACGCGCGGACAUACUCGAUACUCAUAAGAUUCGAGAGGGGGUAUGUUAGUAGUUUAGAAAAAAAGAACACUGAAAAUGAUAGUGAUUGUGAUCGUUAACUAUAAAUUAGAAGCAUGUAAUAGAACAGAAGUAGCAAAGCAACGUAAAGAAGCACGUGAUGGCACUGAUUUUUUGGUAUAUAGGGUAACGUGAACUGUAAAUAUUGUGGAAGCAUUGUUUAGUCUGAGAAGUGUUUAGAAUGUUGCGUAGCAAAUCAACGGCAUCGUACAACAUUAUUUUUUGUGUUUUAUAUGUUAUCCUUUUUUGAUUGUCUUCGUAAAAAAAAUAACACAUCAAUUAAUUUCUUGUUUUGUUUGUUUCGACACAAAGUUUUCACUCUCGAGUGAGUGAAGAGCAUUCGUGAAAUAUUGGUGCUUGAUCGGAUGAAUUUGGCACUCUCAGUCUUGAAAAUCAAACGAUUUAUUUUAUUCUGCCCGACGUUUCGGCCAUGGGAUGUGGCCUUUUUCAAGGGAAAAAUUGGUCUAUCGUUUUUGUCCUUUGAAAAAGGCCACAUCCCAUGGCCGAAACGUCGGGCAGAAUAAAAUAAAUCGUUUGAUUUUCAAGACUGAGAGUGCCAAAUUCAUCCGAUCAACAUAAUUGCAGUCGUUUGCCAAGAACAAAAAAAAAAUUGGUGCUUGAGUUUUCGUGAACUACAAGUCUAAACCAACACAAAAUAGUGAAAUCGUGGACCGGAAAAACAAAGGCUAUUGGUUUUUCUGUUGUGCCAUUCAAUGAACUUACGAACUUUGGUUGUUUGAGAAAUAACCAUGUAAAAAGAGAUGGAUUAUUGUGUAAGAUUGUCAAAAAAAAGUCUGGAAAGAAUUAUUUUAUAGACACUAACUUUCUUGCCUUUUUUGUUGUAAAAUUUUUCGUUUCGUUAUUUGUUACACUUGUAAAUUAGAGACGUAAUAUUGGCUUCUGUAAAUCUAUAGCUUGUAAAUUACCGGAUUUAAAUAUUCUACCCAAUCAGGUUUGCUCGGUUCGGUGGUUAAAAUUGUAAAAAGUAUUGUUUUGCUAAUGUUUAAUUUAUUGAUCUAUAGAGCUAGAUUUGUUAUCGUAAGAAUUUUUGUGGAAGUUCACAUUCAAAGAGCUUGUAAAAUGUAACGUGAGGGAAGAUAUCUUUCUCAUAUACUUGAUACAUAUUUUCUAUGGCUAGAUAGGCGCCCAGGUUGUUCGGUAAAAUUUUGAAAAAUGGAAGGCUAGAAUGCGACGUAUUAGAUGGAAUUUCUGUGGCUGAAAAAAUAAUUUCUAUUGCUGAAUAGUUUCCUUAACUUUUCUUAAAUAGUAACUCCCCUUCUGGAAUUGGCACUAUUAAAGCAUAAAUAUACAUACGUAACUAUUUUUUCAACUAUUGCCUAAGGUACUUAAUUGGAAUAUUUCUAGUAUGAACAUGUUUGCGGUGCCUCAACGGAAAUGAAUUAUUGAAACAGUCUUUAUGUAUCAACCUCAAUUCAUACUUCAUAGCAUUUCCAGGAAGCAGCUUUUCAUGGGAGCUGCAAACGAGGGAGUUGACGAUGGAAGACUUUCACAGGCUAUACAAAAUUGAAAAGAAAUUUGAAUUACAUAAUAAAUAAAAAAAAAAAAAUAAAAGAACUUUAGAAGACUGUUGAAAAAAUAUGAUUAAAAUUUUGUUUACUAAAUUAACAUUAGUUAAGUAGUAUGAUCUAUAUUUUGCAAACAUAUACGAUGCAAUUCAUCGUAAAUUUCUUCUAUUUACGUAGGUUCGGUUUUUGGUGCACAUUGUAAAAAGACAAUAAUCCUCCUUCCCAUUUGGAAUAACUGAGGUAAAACGCGCUGUUGUAGUCAAGUUAUUGAUUCAUAUCCUGUGUAGAUGAAACCUUACCAGAUUUACUGAAUACCAAUGUAUAAACCCAAUUGCUACAUACAUUUUAUAUGACUAUGAUGAACUGUUGUUGGAUUUGUUAGAUGAGUACCCCUUGCAUGGGAAGACGGAAUCCUUGCUGAGUUCGAACCCGACAGUUCCCAUCAGUAAGCACUUACCGCACUUACAAACUUCUAUAGUGAGUGUAUCAGUAAGAAGAACUCACACACAUACAUAUAUAUAUAUCUAAUCAAUGAUUGUACAAAUACCAAUAAAAUGACAAAAAAGCAACAUAGAACCGCGAUACAAGUAGAUAAAUGUAAUUGGAGCAAGACAUUUUAACACAAUUUUUAAUCCGAAAAAAAACAAACGGAAACUAGCUACAGCGGAACCAGCACGGAGUAGAGUAUUGAUGAUCGGAUUCAUCUGUUGAGAAGAGCAGAUAUAUGUUGUACAACGUAGAAAAUGUAUUAUGACAGUUCCUUCUAUCUGAUACCAAUAUACAAGGAUUUUUCUUUUCCUGCUACCAUUUUAAUUAUUGAUUGAUAACAACUUUUCCCACUGUAGCAAAUCAGUAUCCUUUUCCGAUAGAUUACCUAUACUAGUAAAAUAUUACACACAGUCAAAACCACAGUUCGGUGAAAUACUUAGAACCACCUCAAACUAGCUCUAGAACUACUACAACCUUCUUGUUAUAGGUAUUUAGUUUUGCCGGGUGCAUUUCCUCCUCAGAGCGUUUGGUUGACGCUCUUUGACAGUCGAGUCUUGAAUUUGAUCGGUUUUAGAGUAGGGUAUUGCAAGAUCGACAAAUUUUCAUUCGGACAAAAAAUACGGAAUAUAUCAUAAUUAGCAACACUCACAUUACACUACCGUACACACACACACGCGCACGGCACAGUGAAUCCGAAUGUUCAAAAUCACUACCAAAAAUAAACCACAAAAUGUACACCCAAAAGUCAAUACAAAAAAGUGAACAAAGUCAAAUAAAAACCGAUACAAGUGAAUUACUAUUACUAAA